GGAGGGAGGAGGAGGAGGAGAAGGAGGAGGAGGAAGAGGAAGAAGAUAAGCUUACCUAUAAAGGGAGUGUGUAAGAAGGUAGAGAGAGGCAGUCGUCAGAUCAUCCUAACGUCAUGACCACUCUGGCUCUUCUUCUUCCUCUUCUCGCCCUUGGCGGGGUGGCGAGCGCUGCCGUGACGUUACCAAGGGGCAUAGAGGAAAGCCUCACGCUGGACAACGGGCUGAGCAGGGGCGAGUGGGGACCCAUUGAUUUGUGUAGCGAGGGUUCUCACGUCUUCGCCUUCGAGAUUAAAUACUCAGGCUUGGGUUACCUGGACGACACCAGUGUGAACGCCAUCAGACUGUACUGCCAGACUCCAGAGGGCGCCCUUAGUAACAUCCUUAUUAGCGCCGAGGGAAGUUUUGGCCAGUGGCAGGGCAUGCGGUCGUGUCCUCUUGGUGAAGUCAUGACGGGCGUGCGGGCCAACGUGGUGCCUGACCAGGGAACACUUGGUGACGACUUGGGCAUGGAUAACCUGCAGAUGAGGUGUUCCGGUGGCCAGGUGCUUGAUGGCCUGUACGGCGUGCCCAACAGGAAAGGCAAGAAUCCCGUGGUGGCUCGUGAGAUGACCAAGAUACAAGGAAGAGAAGUAGAGGCAGUGUACAUGAAGGUUCAACGCACUGCACACACGAGGGACUUCGGGGACUGGGGGACGUGGCAGGCGUGUUCCUCUGGCAAGGUGUGUGGGCUGCAGGUGCGACUCGAAGACAACCACCCGCUAAACGACGACGCUGGAAUAACUGACACUGUUAUUUUCUGCUGUAAUUAACAUGAUGGACGGGAACACAUGGGGUCGCCUGAUGGGGAAGGGCAAGACACAGCGUCCCUCACCUUCAGGUCCCCGAUGGAAGGCCACACGAAGGGCAGCCAGUGAUAGAGACUCAUGCCUGGUGCUUCAGUUUGGGUGACUCAGUAGUGUUGCCAAUAAAGUUGUAAUUGUC